AUGGACUCGAUUUCGUUUGAACAGCUACAUGCAUUAUUGUUUGGACCUAAUGCAAUCAAUUUGUACGAAGCAUGGCCGAAUUAUUUUAACAAAACGUUUGAUGGUUCUUAUCCACAUACAUCGCUUACACAGCCGUUGUUCGCUUCAAUAUUAAAUGACACCAAUUUACCUAUUCAUCUUGUUGUUGAAGUAGGAAGUUUCAUGGGAAAAUCAUCAAUAAACAUAGGCUUGACUCUUCGCCAUUAUAGACGAUGGCCAAAACCAAUUUUACUUUGCAUUGAUACGUGGCUGGGUGGAUUAGAGCAUUGGAUUUCUCCUGAAUUGCAAAAUAUGAUGCAUAUUGAAUAUGGUAGACCAAUUGUGUACGAACAAUUCAUUGCUAAUAUUAUAGCCAACAAUUUAACUAAAUCUGUCAUACCUUUUUCGACCACCUCUAUAUUAGGAGCAAGAUUUUUACUUGUUAAGAAGAUUGUACCGCAAGUCAUUUAUCUGGAUAGUGCUCAUUUACAAGGUGAAACAUAUGUUGAGCUCGAACUCUACUGGGCACUUCUUCAACCCGGUGGACUUCUGAUUGGAGAUGAUUGGAGCUGGACAUCUGUACGUUGCGAUGUCUUAAGAUUUUGCAAAAGUAUACAAGUCAACGUCACAGUGAUAGGUAAUAGCUGGUAUAUAAAGAAGAAGAAAUCAUCAUAA